ACAAGGGGUGCAGCCAAAAGAUAAAAUCCCAACCCAAAUUAAACCCUAAAAUUAUCAAAAUCAUCCGCGAUCCCCAAUUUCCGAUAUUAUUAUAUCCUAUAAUAAUAUUCGUCUCAGUAUGGCUGCUUUGAAGGAGAUAUUACCACCUGCGAAAUCAUCGGCGACUACUUUCUACGAUCAUUCGAGUGAUCCAUGGUUUAAGCAGAGAUACAGUGCACCGAAAGAGGAGGAAGCAGCUGCUGCUGCGGUUGUGAAAAGUAGCAAGAUUCCGUUGUAUAACACGGCAGAACGGUUUAAAUACCGGCCGUCGAAAGCAGAACAUUAUGGUGAUGGUGGGGCGUUUCCUGAGAUUCAUUAUGCGCAGUAUCCUCUUGAUAUGGGUAGGAAGAAGGACACGUCUGGGCAGAAGACGUUGCCUGUUACUGUUGAUAGUCAUGGGAAUUUAACUUUUGAUGCUAUUGUGAAACAAAAUGAGAAUGCUAAGAAGAUUGUUUAUUCGCAGCGUAGGGAUUUAGUUCCCAAGGUUUUGAAAGACGAGGAAGAAGAAGAAGAAGAGGACGAUGAGAAGCAGAAGGAGAUUGAGGAUACCACCCAGCAGACGAAAGCGGCUCUUGAGAAGAUUGUGAAUGUCAGGUUGAGUGCUGCGCAGCCCAAGAAUGUGCAGACCCAGUCUCAGGAUUCAAAGUUUAUCAAGUAUAAGCCUUCACAGCAGUCGGCUGCGUUUAAUUCAGGUGCAAAGGAGAGGAUUAUUAGGAUGGUGGACAUGCCUGUUGACCCAUUAGAGCCACCAAAGUUUAAGCAUAAGCGUGUUCCUAAAGCUAAUGGUUCACCUCCCGUGCCGGUUAUGCACUCGCCUCCACGACCCGUGACUGUCAAAGACCAACAAGAUUGGAAGAUCCCUCCGUGCAUUUCUAACUGGAAGAAUCCAAAAGGGUACACGAUUCCACUUGAUAAACGUCUUGCAGCCGAUGGGAGAGGACUUCAGGAAGUGCAGAUUAAUGAUAAUUUUGCAAAGCUUUCUGAAGCCUUGUAUUUAGCAGAGCAAAAAGCCCGAGAAGCUGUUGCUAUGAGGUCCAAAGUUCAAAAGGAAAUGAUGAUGAAAGAAAAGGAAAAGAAAGAGCUAGAAUUGAGGGCCUUGGCUCAAAAGGCAAGAUUUGAAAGAACGGGUGCCCCGGCGCCUAUUGGUAAUGGUUCCUUCGUACCAUCUGACAAGGAUGUGAUGGAUAUCGAUGAGCCUGUUGAACGUGAACAGGAACCCAGGCGUGUGAAGGAUAGGGACCAACCUAGAGAAUCUAAAGAGGAGAGAGAGGAGCGGAGUAAGAGAGAGAAGAUACGUGAAGAGAGACGUAGAGAGAGAGAAAGAGAGAGAAGGUUGGAGGCUAAAGAUGCAGCCAUGGGGAAGAAGAGUAAGCUCACAAGAGACCGUGACCGUGAUAUUAGUGAAAAGGUUGCACUCGGGGUGGCAUCUACUGGUGCUCAAGGAGGUGAAGUGCAGUAUGAUCAACGUUUAUUCAAUCAAGAUAAGGGAAUGGACUCAGGCUUUGGAACUGAUGAUCAAUACAACGUAUAUACUAAAGGGUUGUUCACUGCACAACCGACUUUAUCUACUUUAUAUAGGCCAAAGAAAGAUGCCGAUGAUGAGAUGUAUGGUGGGGCUGAUGAGCAGCUCGAGAAGAUCAGAAAAACUGACCGGUUCAAACCUGACAAGGGGUUCAGCGGUGCUGGUGAGACAAGUGGAUCGAGAAGUGGACCGGUUGAGUUUGAGAAGGACGUGGCUGAAGAAGCUGAUCCGUUUGGUUUGGACCAGUUUAUUACAGAGGUCAAGGGAGGGAAGAAACCACAAGUUGGAAGUGGAGGCACUAUGAGAGCAAGUGGCGGGUCGUCUACACGAGAAGGGUAUGAAGGGUCUGGCAGGAGCCGUAUUGGGUUCCAAAAGGGACGCUAAAUUGAGUAGAUCUGUCGCUGCCUCAGUAUCAGGUGAGGUGACCACAUUACAAUCUUUUUACUUUUGAGUAAAUUUGGAUGGGUGUUUUUGGUGUUGUUUUACUCCACUAUGGAUACUUUGUGCUAUUGGUACAUGCAUUACCUUGUUUGUUAAGGAAAAAACAUAAUGAACUCAUAAAUCGUUGCUUGGUUUGCAUUAUGGUGGGUGUAUUUAAUUUUCAGAAAUCUCGGACAUCAAAUGUAGUUCAACUCAGAAGUCGAACCUGAAUGUAAUGUCAUUUGUGUGAUGAACCUUUGAUUGUUUGAUUUGGUUAGCUGUUGAUCUUCAUAAGAGAAACGAAAGCUAUUGUAUCUUUAUUUGGUUCUAUUAGUAUUGACAGUUCUCACUUUAUCAAUUUGUUAUUUGAAAAGUCCAUUUAAUUCA